AUGAAUGUAGUGAUGACCAUUAAGAAUGUAGUAGCUGACCUUACUAAAGGAGAGAAAUUGGAUGAAACCAACUAUGACAUGUGGCAUAGAAAAAUUCAAAAUCUGUUUAAUGAACAAGAGGUCUUUGAAAAUCUAUCUCACUUGAUGAUACAACCUGAUGAAGGGAACACUUCCCAACAUCGUCGUGAUAUGGAAGCCUAUCAGGCUUGGGCAAAGAAAGAUCGGUGUGCGUGCUUUACCAUGCUUAGCAGCAUGCAUAAUGAUCUUAUUGGGGAGUUUGAGAACUACCCAACUGCCCAAUAUAUGUGGAACCAUCUGAAAAUCACCUAUGAGGGAACAUCAACUACCAGGCUCCGUGCUCUCGCUUUGAGGUUUGAGCAAUAUGUUAUGGACCCUAAACAUACCAUGACCAAGCAUUUGAGGUCGAUAUCUGCCUUGAUUCGUAAUCUAAAGGCUCCUGGCAAUAAUCUCACUGAUAAACAACAAGUUACCCCUGUGAUACAAUCUUUGCCCGAGUCAACUUGGGGGCAAAUGAAGCUUGCUUUGACACACAGUGAGAAUAUUAUGACUUUUGCUGAUAUAUCUCGCCAUUUGGAGCUAGAGGCAGAGCAUAUAGAUGUGCACCGUAAUAUUCUACUUGUUGCCCAAGCUGGGAAGCGCAAGGCAUUCAGGCCUAAGCGUAAGCAACAUGGGAGAUUUGCUAGACUGGCAACUAGUCUUAGGCCAAGGGAUGGAAAAGUAGCAAAGUGCCACAGAGGCAAGCGUGCUGGCAAGGACAUGUCCAAAAUGAACUGUUAUAACUUUGGAAAAAUAGGACACUUUACUCGUGAGUGCACUAAGGCCAAGAAGACAUAG